AUGUCAAUACUUAGGAAUAACAAACCCAGCAGUAACUGCAUUCGAAUAGAUUUUAGGUCAACGAUAAAAUCAAUUAAAAUUCCAACAAUGGCAAAAGAGAUGGGGAAAUCAUCUGAUUGCCUCGGUAUAAUUACUGAAAACUCAUUACAUAUACUAAAAAUCCAUAGCAUCUUUUCAAAUGACUAUGAAAUGGAUUAUACUCUCUAUAAUCCUUUACCUUUUAAUAAAUUCAGUGAUUUUCCGUUUUCAGACGUGGCUUUUAACCCAUGGGAUGUACAAGAGUUUGCUGUGAUUGACAUUAAGGGUAAUUGGGGAGUUGGUCGUAUUCCAAGAAUCAUGAAAAACCAAAAGGUAAAGGAACUACAUCUUUUAAAUGAAUCAAGGGGAAGUGCAUUUGAUAUCGAAGAACUGUCCAAUUGGAGAAGGAUUGCUUGGUCCUGUGGAUAUUCAAGAUUGCUAUUAUUUUCUAGGUCCAAGGUUAUUGAGGUAGAUUUUCAAAAUAACUGGCAAUUAGAUAUGGUAGAAGCAAAGUCAUGGUCAAAUCUCCGAGAUUAUAAACCAAUCAAUGAUACGUUUGGUUUCUUACUUACUUCAAAGGAAAUUAUUGUGCUGCGCACAAAAAAUGCUGCUAAUAACGUGAUAAGAGAAGUUUCAUGGAAACAUGAUCUUGAUCCUAACGAUUUAACUAUACAGAUUUCUGUUCAAACUGUUGAAAUGAUCGAAGGAACUCUGUACGUGACUUAUAUUUCAUCGAAGAGGCACAAUAAAUUAUUUUGCCAUGCGUUUUAUUCUACAGAUGAUGAUGAACUUCUUCAAACCCUCGGAUAUUCCACACUGAUUAAUGUUCCUAGAUCAAUAAAUGGUAUUCAUACCCUAGUGUUUCCAACCUCAAGAGAGAAAUAUCCUCCUGACUAUAACAAUAAUCUUAACAAGCCGAAAUCGUUCCCACUUUCACAAGCAUUUUUGAGAACUUAUGACACAUCAGAAAUUUUCAAGAUUAUAAUCGGUAAUAAUAUUGCGUCAGAUAAUUAUACUUCUGGUUAUGAUAGUAUGAGAAUCGAUUGUACCUCUAUGGUGACUGAACUUUCCUCCAAGUUUGACUCUCUGCUUACAAAUAUGAUCAGAACUCAAAUUAGUGGCAAUGAAUCAAAAGCUCCUGAAAAAGCAGAUGAAGAUAUCUUUCAAGACUAUGGCUACCGUCUUUCAUCUGCCAUGAAUGAUGUUUUAGUUAUUUGGGCUGAUAUGGAAAAUUUGAAGAAGAAUUCGAAACUUUGUCGCUCAAUCGAGGAGCUGACCGAGAUACCCAAACAUUUUAAAGAUCUGUCAGAAUUCGAAUCUUUCUUGGAACAAUUUAUGGACUAUUAUGUUGAGCAGAAUAUUUCAUUUACAAAUUUGAAGAGUAUAUGUAAGAUGUUAUUUCAUGAAGAAAUCGGUAGUUUUGAUAUGCUCUACAACAAACUAUUGCAAUGUUGGGACAUGGUGUCCAAGAAUUCAGAAAGUUUAACAAAAGAAACCAUAGCAAGUACCAUUUGGAGCGUACUAAAAUUUACUAAAGUUUCUAAUUACAAAAUUCUAGAAACAGACAUCCACGACUCACUCGGUGAACCAUACCGGGCAAUUAUCGAUCAAUGGGAUAAUACCUCUGAUCUAGAAGAUGAAGACGAUGAACAACUCGGAACUUUCCGUUCUACAAUCCCAAUGAGCAGCCAACCUCAAUUCUUGUUAAAUAGCCAAUCCCAAAUUCCAACGAUUAAAUCAUCGCAACCAAGAACUUCCAAAGGUAACAACUUACGACCCAACCAAGGAAAAAUUUCGAAAAGUAACCUUCCACCGUUGACGAGCACUAAUUUCUCACAGAAUUUAAUGUCACAUUCUCAAGUAAAUGGAUUAUCAAGCACAUUGCCUAAUACAAUGACUCCAGCAUUUACACUAAUGCAACCCGCCACAGCGGGUAUGAGUUCAUCUUUUUCCAUUGGAGGUUCCCAACGAGCUGGAUCCCAGAAGUCUAAAAGGAAGAAGAAGAAGGUUGGUGGCUUUGGCUGA